CAGGGAAGAGGGAGCUGCGUACCUAUACGGCGAUCGCUCUGGCCGGAAAAAGGAGGUGCAGCGCUUAGAACUUUCCCCUACUAGUUCUACGUACUGUGGUUUUUACCGACGUAGGGGGCGACCCGAUAGUUUCUGCAGCACUGGCCAGGUUAUGAGAUGCCGGCCGGAGGCCGCUGCCCCGACUGCGGCUCCACUGAGCUCGUGGAAGACUCACAUUACUCGCAGAGCCAGCUGGUUUGCUCCGACUGCGGCUGCGUGGUCACCGAGGGGACCCUUACCACCACCUUCAGCGACGAGGGCAACCUCCGAGAAGUAACAUAUUCCCGAAGCACAGGGGAAAAUGAACAAGUUAGUCGCAGCCAGCAACGAGGCCUCCGCCGAGUGAGAGAUCUCUGUCGAGUUCUGCAGUUGCCAUCAACAUUUGAAGACACAGCAGUUGCCUAUUACCAACAGGCAUACCGACACUCUGGCAUCCGGGCUGCCAGGCUACAAAAGAAGGAGGUGUUGGUUGGGUGCUGUGUCUUAAUCACUUGCCGGCAGCAUAACUGGCCCCUGACCAUGGGAACCAUCUGCACCCUGUUGUAUGCAGAUUUGGAUGUAUUUUCUGGCACCUACUUGCAGCUAGUCAAGCUUCUAGGGCUGGAUGUGCCAUCUCUGUGCUUGGCAGACCUGGUGAAGACCUACUGUAGCAGCUUCAGACUGUUCCAGGCCUCCCCCUCUGUGCCAGCCAAAUACGUGGAAGACAAGGAGAAGAUGCUGUCACGAACAUUGCAGUUGGUGGAGCUGGCAGACGAGACGUGGCUGGUCACCGGGCGGCAUCCCUUGCCUGUGAUCACUGCUGCUACUUUCCUGGCUUGGCAGUCACUGCAGCCUUCAGAUCGUCUCACAUGUUCCCUUGCCCGAUUUUGUAAAUUGGCCAAUGUGGAUCUGCCCUACCCUGCUUCCUCCCGCUUGCAGGAAUUGCUGGCUGUGCUGCUGCAGAUGGCAGAGCAACUGGCCUGGUUGCAGGUUUUGAAACUCAACAAACGGUCUGUGGUUAAGCACAUUGAUGACCUUCUCCAGCACCGCCACACAUUGGUCCGCAAGGCCUUUCGGGAUGGAACAGCAGAGCCGGAGUCCCAGAAGGGGGAGCCUCAGGGACUGGGGCAAGGACAGGAAAAAGGAAAAGAGGAGGUGGGAAGUAGUUCCUUAGAUUUGCCUGAGGGAAAGCGACCACCUAGUCCUGCCCUUCUCCUGCCACCCUGCAUGUUGAAGCCCCCAAAGCGGGUCUGUCCCCCACCCUCUGUCUCCACAAUCACUGGUGAUGAGAACAUUUCUGAUAGUGAAAUAGAGCAGUAUCUGCGUACCCCUCAGGAAGUGAGGGACUUUCAGAGGGCUCAAGCUGCUAGACAGGCUGUCGCAAAUGUUUCUAACCCUCCAUAAUGUACAUUCAUUGGUGGUACCUCACCCAUUCUUAUAGCAGUUUGAUCAUAGGCCUGUCAUAUCCAGAGUAAUGAGUCUGUGUGAGUUCUUGUUUAAAGGGACCAUUUCAUUGCACCCCAGGUCCUACAGUAGCAGUCGGGGAAUGCUGGGACAGGUGGGUUGGGAAGAGUCCCAUCCUUGGGUGUCAGAGAGCAAGUUGCAUAUAUGCAUGUUCUGUGGGAUGGCUUUCCUUAGAUGACGGGGAGAAUGGCAGGCUCUCCUGGUUUGAAUUGGACACACUGCAGCUGCAGGCCUGAUGGGGCCUCCCUGUUGGCGUGGGACAGUUGGCAUUCCUGCUAACAACCCUCCGAGGAACUGGGAGACUCUGGGCCUGUGUCCCUUUGCAGGUGUUGGUGGGCUUGUGUGUGGUGUCAUGAUAUCCUCUACCUCAUAACAAAAGGACCGUGGGUGGACUAGAGUUAUAGCUUAAAGGGUUUUGCAAAAUUUUAAUAUAUUAAAACAAGAGGCAUCUGCUAGAAAACAUUCUAUUGUAUAAAACCCGAGCCUUUAAAAACAUGUUUUCUUUGGCACUUAUGUCCCCUCCCUCCCCUUUCCCCAGCGUAUUGCAAAAAGCUCUCCAGUGCUAAGGCAUUGGCAGGGUAUGUAAACAGCAGCCAGCAUAUGUGGAAGAAUAAUACAAAGCUUUUUUUCCUCUGUCUAAUAUUGUCUGUGCAGCAAGCAUAAAUAACAGGAUCCCUCUGGGCCAGUGGGUUUUCUCCCCUCUCCUAUGUCUUUUGCCUUGGUGAUCAGACUGGGGGGAGGGGAGGCAUACAGUUGGGGAGGGGGCCUGGCCCAGGCCUAGUUUUCCUGUUGUUCAUAAGUCCAAGUUUCCCUCCACUUUCAUUGGGUCCUAUAGUAAAUGGCUGGUGGUUGCUUUUAAGUUGGGAAAAAUGUGAAUGCUGGUAUUUAAAAAUCUUGAAGGCAUGGGCCCCAGGUGAGCUGCAGGGACCCCACCUACUGCCUCAAGGGAUUUGGCUUGGGCUUCUGUGAGGCAGGAAGCUGGUUUUGAUGUUUGGGAGGUUUCUCCCUAAUAUGGAGCUAGAGGCUCAAACUGUGGGGAGUGUUCUUCCAAAUGGCCUCCUGGAGGCAGGGAAGUGCUCUUCCUCAGUCCCAUGGUGUUCAGAGACAUGGGACGGGAUAUGGGUCUUAUAAUUGAACAGUAAGUGCUUCUACACCACCACCUGCACCCUUGCCAUGGGACCUCUCUUGGGGGCAUUGUUUAUAGGACAGUUCAGCCCCAGAUCUAAGCACUACUCUGCUGCUCUCAUGUACAUGGCAGAGUUGGCUGCUUAGGUAGAGGGCCUUGCAUCUGUCCUGAAGUGCCACCUGUAAGCCCUGCUGGGUAGUUUAUGUGCCACUCCAGGGGGAAUGGCAUCCCACUGCACCCUUUUACACCUGCCCCCCUUUAGUGGACUAGUUCACCUCCGAAGCUGCCUUUCACACUGCCCCCACUAUCCCCUCUUGCAUAGUUAAUGGAACAGCAGCACCUUGUUAACUCCAAUGGUUCUGGUCACCUGGCUCAUCUGCUAGACUGGCUCCCUAGUUAGCCACAAACUGUAUAGGGGGGAGGCUCUAGGGUCUCGGCACAGCUGUCUUCAGAGGGCAGUGAGGGAACACAGUUCUCAAGCUGCCAUCCUGUUCCUGAUGAGCCUGGUGACCUCCAGUGAGGCAGAGUGGGUAGACGUGGGGAGUACCUGGAAAGGAGCCCACCCGGGCUGGACUGUGGCUGUCCACUCUGCUGGCACUCCACAGGCUGCCAGGACCUAUCCCUUACUCUGGAUGGCACUGGCAACUUGACUGCCCAAACUAGCCAGGGCUGGGGCAGAAAUGGCUCAUGCCUGUGGUUCUGGGACUGUCUGUUGCUACCCCAGAGGAAUGGCCCUUUUGGUAGCCGUAGGCCUCUGCCUGUCCUUUCCCUAGCCUCUAGGACUAAAGCUGGUGAGCCUGAAUGCAGCCGUGGGCACCUCUGCAUCAAACCUGUGGCGUACCGGUCGACGUCUUUGAGGGCCACCGAGAGGUCGGAUCAGGCCAGCGGCCAGCCUGUCCUCA